AUGAGGAUCGUGGGUGACGCCGUCGGUGACGAUCGCCAGAAAAUCGCUACCCGUCGUCCCAACCCAGUAGCGACGGCCCCUCACAGUCAGCCACCGACGAAAUGGCACAGUGCGACCCAGAUCUGUAGCAUUUUCAGCAGCGCGACGCGACCCGACCCCAAACCCUUUCUCUCUCGCCGCCUUCGACCCUGCGGGCAAUUUGAGGUAUUCAUCCAAUGGCGAUGGUUUAGGGUUUGGUUGCUUCUUGCCUGUUUGACUUCUAGAGAUUGUCAGGGAAAAAAGCCUAAUUCCUUCACUCAAAGUUUUUCAAAGAUGAUUAAUAUUAUGCAUUCUGUGAACAAACCCAUGAAUCAAGUCGAAAAAUCCUUGGAUCCCUAUUUGUGGCAUGCCUGUGCUGGUGGGAUGGUUCAGUUGCCUCCUGUGAAUUCCAAAAUCUAUUAUUUUCCUCAAGGACAUUCUGAACAUGCCCAUAAAAAUGUAGAUUUAUGGGGGUUAUCGAGAAUUUCACCAUUUAUUCUGUGUAGAGUUUCAUCUAUUAAAUACUUAGCUAAUGCAGAGACAGACGAGGUUUACUCGAAAAUUAGAUUAAUCCCAUUGAGAGGCAAUGAAGGUGAUGGUGAUGAUGAGUGUGGAUUUUUAGGUUUUGAUAAGAGUGAUGAAAAGGAAAAAUCCAAUUCAUUUGCUAAGACAUUGACACAAUCUGACGCAAACAAUGGUGGGGGAUUCUCUGUUCCGAGGUAUUGUGCUGAAACUAUAUUUCCGAGGUUGGAUUAUUCGGCUGAGCCCCCGGUUCAGACUAUUUUUGCUAAGGAUGUUCACGGGGAGAUUUGGAAAUUUAGACAUAUAUAUAGAGGGACACCCCGUCGACAUCUUUUGACAACGGGCUGGAGUAAUUUUGUGAAUCAGAAGAAGCUCCUUGCUGGUGAUUCGAUUGUGUUCUAUAGGGCAGAAAAUGGGGAUUUACGUGUUGGGAUUCGGAGGGCAAAGAGGGGUAUAGGCGGUGGACCUGAGGUGUCUUCCGGAUGGAACACUGGAGAUUCAAACUCUGCCUCUUCUAUGUAUAGGGGAUUCUCCGGUUUUCUGAGUGAAAACGGGAAUUUGACCAUGGGAAAUGUUACGAAAGGGAAUGGAAGCUGCAGUUUAGGUUCGAGGGAAAUGGGGAAAGUGAGAGCUGAAUCUGUUAUUGAAGCAGCAAAUCUUGCUGCCAAUGGACAACCAUUUGAGGUUGUCUAUUAUCCACGAGCUAGCGCACCAGAGUUUGUGGUUAAGGCCUCUGCCGUGGGGGAUGCAAUGCGAGUCCAAUGGUAUGCAGGGAUGAGGUUUAAGAUGGCUUUCGAGACGGAAGAUUCCUCUCGGAUCAGCUGGUUCAUGGGAACUGUAUCUUCUGUCCAGGUCGAAGACCCCAUCCAUUGGCCUAAUUCUCCUUGGCGCCUUCUUCAGGUAGCAUGGGACGAACCCGAUCUACUACAAAACGUGAAACGAGUGAACCCAUGGUUAGUUGAAUUGGUAUCAAAUAUGCCUGCGAUCCAUCUCUCCCCUUUUUCCCCACCAAGAAAGAGGUCGCGGCUUCCACAACCUCCAGAAUUACCCUUUGUCGGUCAACUUUCAGUUCCAUCACUUCUUAGCAACACCCUCAGUCUCAGCAGCCCCUCGUGUUUUUUACAGCACAAUAUUUCUGCUGGCAUACAGGGAGCCAGGCAUGCUCAAUUCCGAUUAUCUUCACCGGAUCUCCACUUAAAAAAUCUGCAGGCAGGACUGCAAUUGUUUGAGUCGAAGAAACUUGAAUAUCCCAUGGAAAAUCCCAUCUUUGAUUCAAUAUCUUGCUUGCCGAAGACAGUAGGAAACUCAACACAAAAUCAAAAGAGAGAGAAUGAAACAAAAAAACCUAUCUUUACUUUGUUUGGUCAACCAAUUCUUACUGAGCAGCAAAUCUCUCAAAGCUGCUCUUUGGAUAAUCAAGAGAAUACAGCAAAUCUCUCAAAUGGAUCUGGAUCAGCAGUUAUUCAGAAUUGUCCACAAGAAAACUCUUUGGAUGAAGAGUUUCCACGCUUCAAGGAUAAAAAGCUGGAGUUUGGGUUGGAGACAAGACAAUGUAAAGUGUUUAUGGAGUCCGAGGUUAAUGGUCGGACCCUUGACUUAUCAGUUUUUCAUUCGUAUGAAGAACUAUACAAAAAGUUGGCAUCCAUGUUCGGUAUGGAAAAAUCGGAGAUGUUGAGCAAUGUGUUUUAUAGUGAUGCUGCAGGCACCACUAAAAAUGCUGGAGAAGAACCCUUCAGUGAUUUUAUGAAGAAUGCGAAAAGAAUAACAAUUCUAAGGGAUUCAGGCAGUGACAACUUGGGGAGUUUGAUAAGAAAUUGA